CUACUAUUUUUGAAAGUACCGUUAAAGCAGCGGACGUGUGCGGCGCGAGAAGAAAAAACUCCACACUUGCCAUGAAAUGCAUUUUUACCGUGGAUUUCGCUGGUUUUCUUUACCAAAGCUCGUAUUUUCUACUUUGUUUAGGAUGUGGAAAUAUUGAUGUAACUAAUUCUCACUUAAAGAAAGGCAGUAAUGUGGAUUUAACAGCAGCGGUUUAAACUGAAGGCUGUGACGGUUGAUUUAGCUAGCUAAACUACUAAAGGAGAAGAAAACAGAUUAAAACAAACGAAGAAAGAUGUGUUUUGUUCCUCAGACACACGAGAAUAUCGACGCAAGACCUUCUGAAACUGUCUGGGAUUGUGUUUUUACUGGAGUAAUGUAUCUGGAGGACGCGGGGAGGAUGUGUACCUGUAGUGCUGCGGGUUAUCUGUGAGUUUCAGUAAAGCUGGUUAAGGUUUAAGGGAGAAGAAAUGGCAGCAGCUGGUGAACAUUCCCCGUCCAGGUAACUUUUAUCUCCAAAUGCAUGCGGACGCUUUUACUUCACCGCUGGAGGACCAUAACAGGUCUCUCCCACACAUGGCAAUGUUUCACAGCAGUGAAUGGCUGUGGAAUGAUUCAGAACUCUCUCUCAGCCCAGGCACAAACUCCAGCCAGGCUCUGGGUCUGGAGGAAGGGGCUCGGAACUACUAUGCCAUGCUUUAUUCACUGCUUAUCCUGGCUAUUGUGUUUGGAAAUGUUCUCGUGUGUAUGGCAGUGCUUCGAGAGAAGUCUCUACAGACCACCACUAACUAUCUUGUGGUCAGUCUGGCAGUGUCUGAUCUGCUGGUGGCGUCACUGGUCAUGCCUUGGGCUGUAUAUCUGGAGGUGGUUGGCGGUGCCUGGCUUUUUAGCCGUCUCUACUGUAACAUCUUUGUGACCUUGGAUGUGAUGAUGUGUACCGCCAGCAUCCUCAACCUAUGUGCCAUCAGCAUUGACAGGUACACAGCUGUAGUGAUGCCUGUGCUGUAUAACACAACACACAGUUCUCGUAAAAGAGUGUCAGUCAUGAUUGCUACAGUGUGGAUACUGGCCUUUGCUGUUUCCUGCCCUUUACUGUUUGGCUUUAACACCACAGAUGACCCCUUAGUGUGCUCCAUUUCAAACCCGGAUUUUGUCAUCUACUCAUCAGUGGUGUCCUUUUACUUGCCUUUCGUGGUGACGCUGCUGGUGUAUGUCCGCAUUUACGUAUUCCUCAGGAAGAGGAGGAAAAAGAUAACCUUUCGCCAGACCAGCGGUGAAGUUCAGCAAGGAUCUGCACAGCCAUCUGCAGAGACUUGUUUGCAGGAGGAGACUCGCAAAGUGAGGCGCGACCUGUCUCCCAUCAGAAUCAAUGUGGUAAAUGAAAGCACAGAAAAGGUGGUUCGUCCCAGGCUGCUCUCUGGCUGCCUGCGUCGUAAACGUCCUCGGACCGUCCCUGUCGAAAACUCUCUGCUGCCCCCAAUGGACAUGCAGAACUAUUGCAGUAUUAGCCAAGCCUCCUUUGCCCGCACUGAACAGGAACCCAACCGAGAAGAAGAAGAAGGUCGAGAGGAAGAUCAAGUGACUGUGAGGAGCUGCGAGGUGAAGGAAAUAUCUAAUGGACGCACUCACACAACACUCCGGCCAGCCCCUCGAGUCACCACACGUGCCAGUCAAGCCCGCUACAGGAGCAUACAUUCCAGAGAGAAGAAAGCCACGCAGAUGCUGGCGAUUGUACUAGGGGUCUUCCUCAUCUGCUGGCUGCCCUUCUUUGUGACUCACAUCUUGAACACUCACUGCAGGAGCUGUUACAUUCCACCAGAGCUGUAUAGCGCCUUCACCUGGCUGGGCUAUGUCAACAGCGCCCUUAACCCAGUCAUUUACACCACCUUCAACAUCGAGUUUCGCAGAGCCUUCAUCAAGAUUCUCACUUGUUGAUUUCAGACUUGAAUUCUGAGUCUAGUGGCUGGGAAAGUAUCCUGGAAAUCAUGAUGAAACGAGGAUCACUUCAUGCAUAAAAGGAAGUACAGCUUUUUCUGUCAGUGAACAACUUUGUUUUCAACUAAAAGGGAAUACAGAGCAAGACAUCUUGACCAUUGAAUGCCAGAACAGGGAUUAAGGUCUGAUUGGCUUUAUUCAGCCCUAAGAACUGUGGAAACAAAACAAAAUAUUUUCUGUUGCUGCCACUUUCCAAGCAUUUUCUCUCAUUUCAGUGGUCUGUUUGGAGUGCUCAUAUGUAUUUGCAUGCAACUGUGAGUUUGGAGUUUGGACUGUUUGAUCUGAGCUGUUGAAGUCUUUGAGUCAUUGAACAUCGAAAUGACUGAGGAUGCUUGUGAUGAGAAAAACAGGUGGUGGGAGGUGGGGGGGCAAAUCAUUUGGAAUGUGUUUGUAAUGUGAAUUAAAGCAAAAUGCAAUCUCUCUUA